AUGAAGAUUCACGCGAUUCUUCCGCUUUGUAUCGUUGUACUGUUUGCUUUAGGAUGUGUAUCAGGUAUGAAGAUUAACUAUUUAUCCAAUGGUAUUUUAUAGCUGGCAGCACCUGUUGGCAAUAUGGGACCCUUCUUACUCAUUCAGGAUUGCCCGCUUUGAUCCCGCGCAAGUGAAACAAUUGCGUAGAGCAGACAUACAAAGUUCAUAAUUUUUGUAAAAUAUCGGCUGUAGAGUCACAAAAAGGCGGCGGUUUACACAAGUUUAUUAAGCGACAAGAACCAGAGCACAAACAUAAACAAGUAAUUCUUGAUUGUUAUCGAAGCGAAAUAUUUUUGCUAUACAAUAAAUCCUAUAUUGACCAAGCUUGUUGGUCAAGAUGGCCGGAUAUUAGCCUCGUUCUUUUUUUAUUUGCCUUUUGAUGGACCACGACUUCAAGUUUUCGACCUAAAAACUAAUUCUGAGAGGAGAAUUUGGCUCUUACAUGGUUCCAACAGCACUUCUAGCGAAAUAACUUGGAAACGGCAAUGCUUGCGGAAUUUCGACGCAUACGAUAAGAUCGCAGUGCACAAUGCCGAGGAGUGGGUGUACUGACUAUACCGUCAAAAUAUGCGACUGACUUUCUGUAUUCUGACUCGCUGUAUUUUUUACGGUAUAGUAUAAAGAUUGGUAAGCACAAAGAAGACUCAAGAUUACCGGUAACCCUUUUUUCUUUCGACCGACCAAAAGUGUCUACGAUUUAACCUAAGAAAGAAAUCUUCUGACGUCACAAGCUGUUACGAGUUAUUCGUUAACACAAGUAGCGAUGAAACGUGGUCGGUAUUGCGCGUAACGAUGAAAAUGUCUGUCUUGAACCUUUGGGGCUGGUUAUUUACUCGAGGUCUAACCCAAACCGCGGUUUUAUGAAAGUAGUGGACCUCAGGGAUUCUCUACAGGAGGGUUGAUUUAAUCAAAUAAAUGUUUUUCCACUAUUGGCUUGCGGCCCUUUUGACACUCUUCACAAAAAUAAACGUUCAGAUAAAAGGUUUGGCUAUAAAUUGAAAAUGGCUUAUAGCGCGGUUUUGUUAAACAACAGCUAAACUUUGUUUAAAUAACCGGCCAUUCGAGUUUUCUUCCGAGUUCUCAUUGAAAAACUCGAAAUUAAAAGUUAAGUGCAUAUGCCUCUGUCAGAGAGGGUCAAGCAGUAUUAUCAUCCACAUCAGAAGCGCAAUUACGAUUAAAAUUGCUCAAAACUAGUUUAAUUUUUUUUUCACAGGGUCCUUGGGUUGUCCUCAUGGAUGGAAGCAGUUCGAAAGCUUUUGCUACCAUGCAAGUAGCGUAUCCAGGACUUGGCACCAGGCCCAAAUUCACUGUAAAAGUAUGGGAGGAGACCUGGUGAAGAUUACCAAUGCGCGGGAAAACGAGUUCGUUCUGGCCCUCGCGAGGAAGUCUGCACCAUCAAGGAAACAAGUGUGGAUCGGCCUGAUGUGGACCGCUAACGGCUUCUACUGGAGUGAUUACUCUGUUCCAGUCUACAAAGCAUGGGCUCCAAAGGAACCGAAUGGAAAUUCCCACGAACCAUGCAGCAACAUGUGGACUAGGCAAUCCUCAGCGUCACUUAGACCAAACGGUUCCUGGAAUGACAGGGUUUGUGCAUUGAAAUCUCACGCGCCCUGUGGCCUGGUGUGUAAAAGGCUCGCUUGA